AUGGUUUUCUGCCCAAUUUGUGGCAAGUCGGUCCCGUCCUUGAAGAUAAACGACCACAUUGACUCCAACUGUCAGAGAUUCGUUCAAGAUGAACCGGUGUCGAACACCGGGGAAUCUGCAUCAUCCCCAAAAGCUCCUGUCCCGAGCUUCUUUCAGCCGACUUCUACGCGCAAGGCUUCAGCCCAGUUCAUUCGUCAGGAUGCCAGCACCCCGUCCAUACGCAGCAUGAAUGGCAAGAGGCCCUUCCCUCAGUCUCAGGAGACCGAUCCUUUCAUUGAAAAGGACAGUUCAAGUCAAACUCUACCAUCUCCAAUCUCUCAAGUAAAGCGACCCAAAACAAAUGCGUUUGAGAAGGUGGCGCCGCUGGCGGAACGUAUGCGCCCUCGGACACUCGACGAAAUUUGCGGACAGGAGCUCGUUGGUCCAAAUGGUGUCCUUCGCGGGCUGAUCGAACAAGAUAGAGUCCCCAGUAUGAUACUUUGGGGUAGUGCCGGUACGGGAAAGACGACGAUUGCACGGGUAAUUGCUUCAGUGGUGGGCAGUCGAUUUGUGGAAAUUAACAGCACCAGCACGGGAGUUGCGGAGUGCAAAAAGAUCUUCUCGGAGGCCAGAAGCGAACUCAGCCUUACCGGGAGAAAGACGAUUAUUUUCUGUGAUGAAAUCCACCGCUUCUCCAAAUCUCAGCAGGAUGUUUUCUUGGGACCCGUUGAGAGUGGGCAAGUCACACUUAUCGGUGCUACCACAGAGAAUCCGUCUUUUAAAGUCCAGAAUGCUCUGCUCUCCAGAUGCAGAACAUUCACUCUGCCAAAACUGACGGAUGAUGAUAUCAAGAGUAUCCUUCAUCGCGCUCUUGAGGUGGAAGGUCCUAAUUACUCGCCAUCCGCAUUGGUGGAUGAAGAACUUAUUCAAUACCUGGCUUCCUUCGCAGAUGGAGACGCUAGGACCUCUCUCAAUCUCCUGGAGCUUGCUAUGGAUUUGUCCAAGCGUGCUGGGAUGAGCAAGGAGGAGCUGAAGCGCUCACUGACCAAGACAUUGGUGUAUGACCGUGCAGGGGACCAGCACUACGACACUAUCUCUGCGUUCCAUAAGUCCAUCCGGGGUAGCGAUCCCGAUGCGGCACUUUACUACCUUGCUCGCAUGAUCCAGUCGGGUGAAGACCCCCUGUUUAUUGCUCGACGUCUUAUUGUCAUGGCUUCGGAGGACAUCGGUCUGGCGGACAACACGAUGCUCGCUCUGGCAGUCUCCACCUAUUCUGCUGUUGAAAAGAUUGGCCUCCCCGAAGCACGGAUAAACCUCGCGCACGCUACGGUAGCCAUGGCAUUGUCUAAGAAGAGUACAAGGUCGUACCGUGGCCUCAACAACGCAUUUGCGGCUCUGGAGGAGCCAGGAAUUGCUGGAUUGCCCAUCCCUAUCCAUCUGAGAAAUGCUCCUACGCGAUUAAUGAAGGAGUUGGGCUAUGGGAAAGAAUACAAAUACAACCCCAACUAUGUGGAUGGCCAAGUCGUCCAGGAAUAUCUCCCAGAAAAGCUUCGCAAUCGCAAAUUCUUGGAAGACCAUGAUCUAGGGUUGCAGGUUGACCCGGAUCUGAUUGCAGACGAGAAAUAA